AGCAGGAAGUUUCACCGGGAGGCUCUCGGUCGGAGGGAGCGUCUGUUUGUCAGUAUGACAGACAUCGACGAUUACCAUGAGCGGCUCCAGAGGGACGCCCAGUUCCUUUGCUCAGAUCCGAGGAUGGACAAUGAACUGGUUGACAGACUGGUGCUGCAGCUGAACAGGAUCUACCCCCAGAUACUCAGCGACAAGGAAGCCCACAGGUUCAGGGACCUGAGCGUGCCCACCAAGGUGAGGUUAGCUGAGCUGUUGACGUACCUGCGUGGGAAGGGCGAGGAGGCGUGUCAUGAAUUCUACAGAGGACUCCACAUCCUCGCUGAGAACGUCUACGCCAGCCUUCCAUCCAGAGUUAUACAAAGAGAAGUGGCCGAUCCAAAGUGGACCAACGCUGUGGCAAUCCACCCGCAGCGAUACGUGCUGAACAACAGAGGAUCGAUGUUCUUCCUGAGCUGUUUUAGUUUCGCGCUUGGUGUUGCAAUGCUCUACUAUUACGGAGAGGGUGAGACAUUGAGAGGCACCGCUCCGUUUCUUCACGGCUCUGCGGCGGGAUUUAGCAAAGGCGCUAAAGAUGUUUUCAUUUCCUACGCCGAGGUUGGAUAGCAGAAAAAAAUGAGGCCGUUAAGACGCUGAAGAAGCAGCCCUGUGAGAAGAGCGAGCCGUGAAAUUUGCCACUUUGCUGUGCCAAACUCAUUUACACAGAGCCAGGAGUCGCACGUAUUUGUAAGCAAUAACUGAUUAACUUUUCCAACAGCUGACGUCUCUUCACAUGAAAAAAGAAAAGAGUCAGAGUGAGUCUUUGCUGGAUUUAUUGUCGGUACAGAACAAUAAUAAUUCCGAUCAUAUUUUCGGAUAAAAUGAAGCGUGAUAUUAAGUGUAACUGAGUGUAACUGCACACCCACACAGCUGUUUUCAAUCACUCUGGCUGAUUAGACAUCUGCUCAGUCUGAAGCUUGGUGGGAAUUACAUCACGAAAACAAACUAUGUGCCGAUAGAGAGACGAAGUCCCGCCCUUUACGGGGUCCUCCGCCAUGGGACCUUAUUUUGGAGAAAUUAUUAACAAUAGUCGAAGGCGAGAGACAAAUAUCUUUUUUGAUCCUGUUUGAAUUGUGCCAUAAAUUACACAUAUGAUGUUAGUCAAUUUAAAAUAUAAUUUUGCACGUAAAAAAAGUCCUAUUUUGUCGUAAAACUGUUCGCUCUCUGAAGCUACGAUGCCUGUGUGUUUGGUACGAUGUACUCGCACCAACGACGGGUCUCGCUCGUUCUUUCGAUUCCUCGCUGACAAAAGGAGUCUCUGUAUAAAACACAUAUCGGGUAAGAUAACGUUACAUCUGUGCAUAGAACAUAGCUAAGUUAUCUAGCUGGCACGCCAAAGGAACGGCCAUGUUGGUGACGUACAUUGUGCGAGCCGAAAGAUGAUGUUCACGGAGCGGUUUCACGCAAAACUAAAUGUUGCUUUCUUGACUUGCAAAAUUAUCUUUUUAAUUUACAAAAGUCAUGUGUGAUUCAUGGCACAAUUGAAAUGAUACCAAAAAAUAUCUUCCCCUCUCGAUAUGAAUGAUAAGGGAUUACAUUGUCCCGCCUUAACAGACAACUAAACCAACAGAAUUGUGAAGGAGAUGUCAAUCAAGCGCAUGCUUGCACACACACAGGAGGUCUAAUUAGGCAUUUGACAGCGCUGUGCAUGUUUACACAUUCUGCAGCGCAGUUUCUCGUACACACAACACGUUUCCACCCGCUCACCCACUUUCAGUGCCUUCUAAUACUGUGAUAAAGAAACUGUUGAAGAAUACACUGAUUACACAAUGA